AUGGACCGCGGGAAAAGUGCCAGUGGAUCGUCCAGUAUGCAUCCAGAUCCUGGGCAAAGUCACUCCAGUGACCAGAUCAAGGUGCAGCCAAUAAAGUCAUGGAAAGGCUACAUAUGGGAUACAUGGGAGCUUCCACCAGACCAGCGCUGGCUCUUAUUCAAAGUCGAUGCCUUUGUCCUUACCUUUGCCUCAAUCGGUUACUUUCUGAAAAAUCUGGAUCUUAACAAUAUCAACAAUGCCUUUCUCAGUGGCAUGAAAGAAGACUUGAAUAUGUAUGGCAAUCAGCUUGUCACUAGCACGUCUAUCUACACGGUGGGAUAUUUGGAGGUCGGUUGGGGGAUAGCCACGAUUUGCACAUCCAGUGUGCAGUCCUACCGGUCACUAUACGCCAUCCGCUUUUUGGUUGGGCUGUUCGAAUCCGGCUUCUACCCAGGUAUCCACUACCUACUCGGAUCGUGGUACACUCCCCGUGAGAUAGGUAAGCGGGCGAUGGUUUUCUGGCUGGCCGGCUCAAUUGGAACGUUAUUCAGUGGGUUCCUGCAAGCUGCCGCUUACACCAACCUGAACGGUGUUCACGGCCAUGCUGGCUGGCGCUGGCUGUUCAUUAUCGAUGGCAUCAUCACACUACCGCUUGCCCUAGCGGGCUUCCUCUUUUUCCCUAACCUCCCCCAAGACGGGAAGAAAACGUGGUGGACGACAGAAGAGGAGCAUAUCCUUUCGGUUAGGCGCAUGGAGGCUGUUGGCCGUGCGGGAAAGGAGCCCUGGACGGUCGCCAAGGCUAAGCGAAUCUUCCUCAGCUGGCAUACCUAUGUUCUCCCGUUACUAUACAUUGUGUGGAAUAACGGUUACCCACAACCCGGCAUGGGUUACUGGCUGAAGAGCUUCAACACGACCCCUGCUCCGGUGCCGGGUACAUCAUUUUCGGUGCCGCAGAUCAAUAACUAUCCUAUGGUUACGACUGGAAUUUUCGUUGUGGUGGCUUUGAGCUGGGGUUGGCUGUCUGAUGGGUGUCGCGGUAUACGGUGGCCUUUCAUCUAUGCUGGAGCCAUCAUCACGAUGAUUUUCUGUAUACUUCUCCGACAGAUGCCGCUCUAUGAAAAUAUUAAGGGCCGUAUGGUUGUAUAUUGGCUGAGUAACAUUGGCAGCGGUGCCGGGCCUCUCAUCUUGAGUUGGAUCAACGAGAUCUGUUCGGCGGACACUGAGAAAAGAGCAUUAAUUGUCGGGUUAGCGAACGACCUUGCUUACGUCGUUCAAGCGGUAGCACCGAACUUUGUGUGGAAGACCACCGACUUUCCAGCUGCCAAGAAGGGCUAUUUAUGGGAUAUCGUCCUCCAGUGUCUACUCAUCGUUGUCACUGCUGCUAUCCAGGUGCAGCUCUGGCGGGAUCGAAAGUCGUCCGUUCGCGAAGACGACGAUGGCUUCUCAUCUGGCUCGCAGAACGACGACCCACCACAGCAGGAGAGUGAUGUUGAGCAGGGGAAGAUGGCCCGCGCCGAGGUCAUGGCGGUACACAACUAA